CUUUAGGUUUUGGCGGCAAUUUGCGUCGCAUGGGGACAGACUACAGUAUAUUUUAUACGUUAAUUUAAUAAGUAGUAGGUAGAUUUUGAAUUUCGAAAUGGGAACAAAUGAAAAGCAGCUUGAAAAUCUACUUCGUGGAUCCGAUUCAAACAAGAUUGAAGAGUUCUUGCAGUCAAAUCUAAAUACACCCCAAGCGUGUGGAACAGUGUUUGAAUCUUGCCUUCGUAGAGUAGCACAGCAGGGCAUACAGAAAAACCGCGCUGAAACAGUGUUGUGUGUUUUAAAAAUUGUGAAGUAUUUAUGUGAGCAAAACAAUCAAAGAGGAAUUCAUGUGCUAAUAGCAGCUGGAAUACUUGAAACUUUAGGCAAAAUUUUCCUGUAUGUCACAGAAAAAGCUGCUGGACGUCAGUUAAACGUUUCCGACCUUCUUACUUUGUUACUUGAUUGCAUAACUAGCGUAAUUGAAUUGCAAAGCACUAAAUAUACAUGGCUUCAAUCAAACUGUGACUUGUUCCUUUCGUUUCUUUGUAAAAGUUACACAAAUGUUGAACUCAAAAGAAAAGUUGUUGAAGCUUUUAUUGGAAUCUUGGUUUCGUUGGAUUCUACCUCCAUGGACCAAAUCCGCAGUUCGAUUUCAUGCACACCAUUGAUUGAUGACCUUGUUGAAAACAUUCUUUUGAAUCUCAACUACUUUGGAGAUUAUGAUGUUCAAGUGGGAAUAGUUGAGUUAUUGUUUCGGUUGUAUCCAACUGUAAAACGAAAAGAAAAAGCUCAAUCCUGGAAUCAUAACGAUGAAACUGCACGUCUCUUUUGCUGCAUAAGUUACAACAAUUUUGAGUCGAGUGCCAGGGCUUAUAUUAACAAAGUGAACCAAACAUCUCAAGAAAAAUGGGUUGCAUCAUAUCAUUGUAUGUCCCUUGUUAUUGGGGAUUUAGUUCUUGGAGAAAAGGAUGAAUGUUGGAUGGAUUUAUGUUUCCGAAGCAGGAAUUUGGGAAUUGCGUUUGGUCCCCGUUUUGAAUAUGGUUGGUAUGCAGUGAUGUCUGAUAAUGUGGAAGAUUUUAAAAUUGAAGAUGAAGAGAGCAGUAUAAAGAUGGUUUUGACAACAAAAGUUUCAGUGAGAAGAAUGUUUGAAAAUGAUUCUUUCUCUGACACCUUGCGUGUCAUUUCAUUUACAUUUCGAAAAACCGCCUAUUUCACAGCAGCAUUUUUAAGAAGCAAAGUUAAUCAAAUUUUCUCCAAAAUUGCUAAGGUUUCCAAAAGCAGAAGUGUCAUCAAAAGUUCUGUAGCUGAAACAGACACUACAGUUGCUAUUCGGAGUUCACAACUUACUGUGGAAACAAGUCAACCUUCUCGAGUUGGAAAAUUCAGUAAAACGGUUCCUUAUCUCAUCACAAGAACAACUGCUCUAGAUGUUUCUACUCAUGGAGCACUUAAACACAAAACACCAAUAUCGAGUGAAAAUCAGCAUUCACAGAUUGUUGUACCAGCAAGUCAACCAUCGAUGGUUCGUUCAUCAAGUUUAACCAAACCUUAUCCCAUCAUGAGCAGCACGCUACGUCAAGACAAAAGUUUCUUAGCAAUAGAAUCUGGUAACCAAUUUAUUGAUGUGUCCAACCAGAAACUAACAUUACAGGAGAAAAAAAUCCGACAACAGCCACCAAUAGAAGUUGUUGGAAGUCAGGUACUUGGUAGCCAACUGGAAAAAGAAUUGUCCUCAAGCGACUCUGUUUGUAUUGUGAACAGAAAAAAAAGUUUUGGCAGCAAAUCAAGCUUAGUGGAAGUUAUUCCCGAGACUCAGAACGAAUCUUAUCAUGAUAAACACAACCAAUCAACAUCACAUGUGGAGUUAGGUCUUGCCUUCAUGCAUGAUCAGAAUCAGCUAAACAUAUCGGCAGCAGACAAAAGAAUUGUAAAAAGAACAUCAGAGGAAGAAAAAGCAAUUGUGGAAAAUGUAGGAGCUGUAGAAAUUGUUGCGGAAUAUGAAAAAGAGAAGAAUGCGACUAGACAGAGUUCUGCUGAGAAAUCACGAAAACCUCGGAUGACAGCUGACACACAUUCCUCAAGCGAGGUAGCAAAAAAUAAACCAGCAGAAGGCAAGCGUAAGCGAAAAAAGAAAGUAGCAAAAGUUAUUGAUUCACAUCCAAAAAUUCAUACACGAUCACAUACAGCGGGCAAAGAAACUCCCCUUUCUAAAAAGAAUACAAAAUCGGAUAUAGUCAAUUCUAUAGGAAAAGAAUUAGAAGAGUUACAAAAACUAUCAAAGAAAAUCCCUUCUCCAGUUAAACAGGAUAAAACACCGAACAACCAAAUCUAUAAAAGAAAUGUGAGCUUUGAGAGCAAAAGUGUCAAUAAAAGAGACACACCAGUAAAUUCAAGCAGAAAGCUACAGGAAAAAAGGAGAAGUUUCCCAACCAGAAAUAUAUCAUGGUUUUCCUCGUCCUCAACUUCUGACAUGAGCUGGAUUGAUGGGCAUAGACACAAGCCAAAAGAUACAAAGGACCCUGUAUGGCUGUCUGAAAAUUCACCCCCAAAACUUAAAACAUACGAAAAGAAAACAUCAAGUACAAAGUUUCAGUUCGGAAAACACGAUCGCUCUUUCAUGGAGAUAGUAGAGGAACAUGAGCAAGCAGAAAAUAAUAAGAGAAAGAAAAUGGAGAAGUUGUGUGACACCUCCUUUACUAUUCCUGAUGUAGAAACACCAGUUUUCAUGAAACAACAGAACAACCUGACUCCAGUAGCUCCCAUAGAAAGUCCAAGAGUUGUUUUGCAUGAAAAAAAGAAAGUUGGUGCAAACAUAAGUCCUGGUAACAGUACAAUGGAAAUAAAACACCCGAAAAAACUUCAUUUUUCGAGACAUCAGCAGACGCAAAAAAAAGCUGCAAGAACUUUGCCUAAAAAGCAUGAGUUUGAGAGCAAAGUCACAGCUCCCAGGAACCCAAAACUAAUUAGAACAACAGAGUUACCAAAGCAAAGGAUGACACCUUCAAUGUACAUGAGAGAAAUGAACAUGAAUACCGAACAAAAACUUGCUGACACUCAUGAGAUGAGACUGCCUCGUGUGGUAGCAUUACUUGACAUGUCUGAAACAACCCAUCAGAAGGUUUCUUAUGUUGAUAUUGAGGAAGCGAUGUUUCAACCAUUUCCAUCUGAAAUUUAUUUUCAAAAUUUUGAACCUUUUCAAACUUAUGAGGUUCCCUUGCUUGUCAGGAAUAAUGACAAAGUUCCACGACUGGUAAAAGUUGUUCAGAAUGAUUCACCUUACUUUAAAAUCAUCAGCCCUGAUGAUGUCAGCCAUAAGGUUGCUCCUGGCAUGGCCUCCAUCUUUAAAAUCCAAUUCACGCCUGAGAUGAAAAAAGAUUACCAUCAUGAGUUGAUAUGCAUGACUGAGCGCGAGAAAUUUAUUGUACCCGUCUUUGGGAUCGGAGCACGUGCGAUUCUUGACUUUCCAGAUGAAGUUAAUUUUGGAGUGUGCCCAGUCAAGCAUAACACACAGAAAGUUCUCUUUGUGCGAAAUAUAGGAAAUAAAGAAGCAAAAUGUUCAUUUUUAGUUGAUCCACCGUUCUCAGUGUCAACUUCAUCAGGAUUGCUGGCAGUUGGUGACAGCAUGCAGGUAACUGUGGAGUUUAAAGCAAUGAAGGUUGGAGACCAUCAAAAGGAUUUGAUCAUAAGAUACAACACAGGUGAAGAUGUCCAUGUAGCUUUGUAUGGGGCAUCAGCAGACAGCAAUGUGAGACUUGAUAAGAAUUCACUACGAAUCGACAACACAUUUAUAUUUAUGGCCAACCAACGAACUGUGACCAUCCACAACCGAAGUAAUGUCCUCGUACAUUAUAAAUGGUCACCAUUCCCCACUCUGGAAGAUGAAGAAAUGCAAAAACAAAAAUUUUGCUCCGAACUCACUGAGGAAGAAAACCAGGAGCAGGACAGAUUCUUGGAGGAAUGCAUCGUUGAUCCAACACUGAGAGAUCGUCUUGCCAUCCUCACGAGGACUUUUGAUAACAGGAGGAACAUCGUCAAAGAUGACCCGCUUCUUUUCAAUGAUGAUGUCUUCAAACUUUAUCCUCUGGAAGGAGACAUCUGGCCCAACUCAACUGCAGAAGCCACCAUUGUUUUCAAACCAACUGCAGCAAAAACUUACCAGCAAACAAUCUUCUGUGAUAUAACUGGUCGUGAAACCAGACUCCCAUUAAAAGUUAAAGGUUGUGGCAUGGGACCAAAGCUACAUUUAUCAUUUGAUGUUAUUGAUAUUGGAAAUGUAUUUGCAAGUUCAUCACACACAUAUGAGGCGAUACUGGUGAACAAAGGGGAUAUUGACGCUAUUUUCAACUUGGUACCUGAGCGAGAAUCUUCUGUUUCACGCUUCAGCGAGUUUCGUUUCGAGCCCGUUGAAGGAAUAGUGCUCCCUAGUGGUCACCAAGCGUUGGAGUUUACGUUUAGGUCCGAACGCCUCGGUUCUUUCCAACAAGAUUUCUCCUUCAGUGUUGAUGGCUCACCUGACCAAAUCAAACUUACUGUUAAAGGAAAUGUGAUUGGACCAACUUUUCACUUUGAUGUUCCCAGACUUCGGUUUGGAACAGUUUCUUAUGGCUUCAACCAUACAAAGAUCUGUACAUUGGUCAACACUUCUCUCGUUCCAAUGACCUUUGUGUUAAGAAUACCAGGCGAUGGCAAAGGUGAGCCAAGCAUCUCAAGCUUAAGUUGUUUAGAAGACAACUUGUUUAAUGAAAUCGGUGCUUCGGCAAAAAUUAACUCCCCACGAGAGUUCGAUAUUACACCUGUUCAGGGAACCAUUCGCCCUCAAAGUGAAGCUCGUAUUCAAGUUACUUUAUGUUCAAAUACAUUGAAAAGAUACGAUUGUCAACUUGUUGUCGAUGUUAAAGGGGUUGGGAAGGAAAUUUUAUCUCUUCCUAUUUCUGCAAAAAGUGUGGUGCCAAAUAUACAGGUACUUACACCACACCUGGAUUUUGGUCGUUGUUUUAUCAACCAUCCUUACCAAUUAAAAGCAAAACUUGUCAACGAUACCGACCUUGCUGCUAAAUACGAUCUCGUUCCUCAGGUUCGUGAAGAAUUGACUACAGUGGUUUAUGGGAGCUCAGCAACUAAAGGAUUAAUUGAACCUCAUUCAGAAGUUAAUGUUCCAAUCCUCAUUCAAGCUCAAGAUGUUGAUGACCAAGAAGUCACUGCUUAUUUCUCAAUAUUUGGAAGUCCCGAACCACCUCUACCACUUCUAAUAAGUUGUAUUGGAGAAGGGCCUGUGGUUCACAUAACACCUGAAUCCAUGAAUUGGGGACAAACAGAAGUUCUUACUCCUUCUGUUAAAACUGUUGAACUUUCAAAUGAAUCCCUUAUACCUGCCGACUUUAUUGCACAAAUGAUGCGAUCCGACUCAAUUUGGAAAGUGGAACCAGAGCAAGGGACAGUUCCUCCUGAGUCUGUGCUUAUUGUCAGUGUUACGGCUAUGUUGGAUGAUUGUAUACGGUUCACUGACAAGUUGACAGUGACAGUUAUUAAAGGCCCAACAGUUACAAUUCCUGUCCACGCAUAUGGGCAUGGCACCACCAUUGUCGCUGAACCACCUCUCACACCAGCUGUAAGCCUUGGACCUCACUUUGCCAAAUCGAAAUGCAUUCGAAGAUUCAGAUUGACCAACAGAGGUCGUAGACAUCAAGCAUUAACAUGGUCCACUGAUGGGUUUGUAAAACCAAAAUCGAAACGAGAGAAUCAUGCGGCGAAUGCAAAAGACAUGAAGUACAGGACAAUGGCUGCCCCUCCUCCCCCACCAGAACCUGUGUUCCAACUUCGUCCAACAAGAUUAGCAUUGGAACCUGGACAAAGUGCUAUGGUUACAUUGGAAGGAUAUUGUGAUGUGCCACGACAAGUAUGUGAGACACUUCUAUGCCACGCCAUCAUAGGAAAAGCAAACGGCAAGGAACGAAUAAUCCGCUCAGCCAUCCGUGCAGACUUUAUCUCUCCUGUUCUGGAAUUAUCCAAAGAUAAAAUUGAGUUUCGGGUUGACAAACGACCUGAUGAUGUCACAGCAUUGACCCCAAAAACCAGAACCUUCGUGGCAAGAAAUAUUUCAUCGCUUCCAUUGACUUGUGUUCUGCAUGUGGAGUAUCCAUUCCAGAUAUUGGAUUUCUAUGGCAGCCCACAAUCACAGCUUGAAAUAAAUCUUGCAAUCAGCCAAGAACUUGAAAUCACAGUGAGGUUCGAUCCUGCCUUUAAGGAUGAUCUUGUAUCAAGGGUGGCGGAAGGAGAAGUCAAGAUUUCUUACAAAGAACAUCCACAUAUGGAUUCAGUUAAACUCAAAGGAGAGGUGAAUUUCCCCAACCUUGAUUUUGAUAAAUCAACCAUUGACUUUGGAUGUAUAUUGAAUGACACUGAAGUAGCAAGAUAUGUAGAUAUAACAAACACAAGCCCGCUACCCGUGGCUUACAGAUGGUCCUUUGUUGUCACUGAGGGAGAGCAAAAUAUACGAUACAUUGGAGAAAUAGCGAAACCUGCUGAACCUGAACCUCAAGUUAAGAUUGAGGAACCUUUGCCUGAAGUUGUUGCUUUGGAUGAACCAAUUGUUGAACAUGAUGGUGUGUCUGGUGUCAAGUCAUCUGUGGAAAAGCUACCCACUUCCCUCACUACUGGUCAUGAGGAGCCAGCAUUGAGCAAGAGCAUUGAAGAGAAUAAAAAUGGGGAAAAUGAGGAGAGUGAGAUAAAAGUGGGAGAGAGUGCUGAUCAUGAUGCAAGUCAGGAGGAGAAUAUUGAUCUUCCUCCGAGCACGGAGUGGAGCAAGGAGGAGCUUGCACAGCAUGAUGAGGUCAUCCAGCAAGCUCUGGAAGAAGAAAGAAGAAGAACAGCGAGCAGGAUAUCCUCAAGGAGUCAACCCUCGCAUCCCUUCAAUACAAGAGCAGCUGAUCUUCCAUUGUUACCAUGGUUACAACCCGGUGCAAGUCAUGUUCCUAAUGGAGUGGAAGAGGUGUUUGAUAUCCUUCCAUUAUAUGGAACACUUGAACCUGGUGAAACACAGCGCGUUACAUUCACCUAUUAUGGCCAUGCUGAUGUUAGUUGUAAUGCAAGAGCUGUAUGUGAGGUGCAGGGAGGUCCAAAAUAUGACGUGAAACUUGAAGGGGAAGCUUCACUUAUUGAAUAUAAAUUCGACCGAGCAGAUGUUGACUUNUGGGAAAACUGUAAGUUGCAAAACCUUGAAAUGUUUGACCAAGUUGCAGUUGGGGAACUGAGAUUGGAAAACACAGGAAGAGUUGGUUUUAACUUUGUUGGCUUGGCUGGACUUGGUAGAUCAGGUCCAUCCCCAGGGGUUCCAGUGCUUAAACCAUCCUCUGGUCAUGUUCCUGCAUUCAGUGAUACAACACUGCCACGUGCUUUACUUACCAGGGAUUCCAGAGCAUGUUCACAAAUUCAAGUUGCUCACUUUGAGCCCGCCAUAAUUAAUGUUCUUGGUGAAGGAGUUUUCCCCCGUCUCGCCCUUGACUUGCCCCGAUUUAUUCCCGAAGACGAGCGUUACGCUUCAUUGGUCAAAGAAGCCAAGGAAAAUCUCGAACACGAGACAAACAAACAACCACCAGGGUCGCUACAGAGCAGAUUAUCUACACCAAGAAAGAUAGCGAAAGAAAACGAGUUCGAUCAAAAUAACCAGUUCAAUUCAACUGAGGAUCUUCCAUCUGAUCUUGAUAUCCACAUGGAGGUUGAACGACUCCUCCUCCGUGAGUUUGCAUCCGAGAACCAACAUUUCCUCGCUCCAGGAAGCGUCCCUGAUCCAUCCAGUGGCGGAAAAAGCAAAAAGAAAAAGAAAUUUCCAAGAGUACGUCUGACCGAUUAUUUACUUGAUUUUGGAUACGUUGUCCUUGGUAACGUAAGGUCACAUAUCGUCAGGGCAACCAACACUUCACAUUUCCCAAUCUCGUUCUCUGCUGAUCGAAGCAGUGUUUCCCAUUCAGGCUUCAGUGUUGAGUUGGAUCGUGUGAAACAACUUCCUGGAGCUCCAGAUCAUGAAACAGUUGAUUUUAAAGUGACCUUUGACCCAAGAGGAGCCAAUAUUGGAAUUGGACCAAUCGAAGCUGUGAUACCUGUCAAUAUACUUGGUGGUCCACAAAUAUGCAUGCGGCUACGAGCUCAUGUUGCUGUGCCUGAUCUCUCUGUUAGCAACGAUGUUGUGGAUUUUGAAGAUGUUCAAUGUGGCCAAUGUAAAGUCGUUACUGUGCAACUACAUAACGAGCAACAUGUGAGAUGUGAAUGGACAUCAAUCAACUCAGACAGAAGGGACAAUAUUGACAAGCAUGUUCCAAUGCAUUUGAGACGUAAACUACGUAAGGAAAACAAACCAAAACCAAACCACUUCGAAAUGAUGCCGUCCCAUGGGUUUCUUGCACCUGGUCAAAGAAUGAAUGUCCAGAUCAAGUUCAUGCCAACAGAAGAGCGGCACUACUCUCAAAGAUUGCUCAUCCACAUCACCCAGGGGACUUCUCGGGUCUCCAUUAGUGUCCGAGGUUCGGGGCUCGAACCCCAGCUUGACUUUGAACCCAACCUUGUUGAGUUUGGCCCCAUAUUACCCCAUGGUGUGGGUGAUGAAGUAGACGUGGUGGUUCGAAAUCCAACCCCGUUUUCAGUUGAACUUUAUUCACUCGACUUUGACAAGCAAUACUUACAUGAGGAAAAAAUCCUUCGUAUGAUGAAGGGAUACGAUGAACACAGCAAUCUUCUUCUUCCUCCAAGAAGAUGCGGGGAGGAUUUACCUCCAGAGCUUCUCGGUUUCUACCAGGAGCAAGAGGAGAAAAUUGAAGCAGCAAAAAUCAAAUCAGAAACAGAGGUUUCAAAAACAGAAGGCGAUGAAACUGAAGAUGACACAGCAGAUGUUGAUGUAGCUCCAUCUAGUGUUGGUGUUCCAGCUGAUGAGUCAGCAAUAAUUAAGGAAGAGACCCAGGAUGAAAUGGAUUCUCCUCGUUCAAGUCAGAAGAAAUGGGAUGAGGAAGAUGGCACCAAAGAUGUGGACACAGAGAAAGGAAGUAUGGUUGGGGUUGGUGACCUUGAAAUAACCCCGGUGUCGGCUGCCAUUGCUCGCCAUCUUGGUAUUGACCUUUCACCUGAAGGUCGUGCAGCUCGUAACAGGCGUGGUAUCGCUGUUAUUGUACAUGGACCCCCCACAUCAGGUAAAACAAACACAUCUGUGCUUCUUGCUAAAACAUAUGGAGCAGCACGUCUUACAAUUGAUGGGAUUAUCAUGGAAGCUAUAUCAAGUGGAACUUCACAGGCAGCAAUGACAGCCAAAGCUUUUAUCGAAAGCUGCCGAAGAAUUGAAUCAACUUCUUCAAAACAGUUUGGAGCUAGAGAAUCACUUAUUAAGACUGCAGUUAAACAAUCAAAGGCUGGACUUCGUGCCCGUGAAUUAUGCGCAAACACCGCACGUGGGUUGAGAGAGGAGGAAGCAGAUGGAACAAAUAUGCCGGGUGGUCUCAGUGUGGAGGCUGUAACCGCUCAUACAGGAGCUGGACAUUCUAUUGCAGGUACUGAUAGCAAGAUGGGAGGCACCUCCGUUAUUUCUGGCCCUGCUAACAAGAAAACAAGUGUAGUGAGCAAGCAAGUACAAAGCAAUGCAUGUGCAAAAGCUGCAACUGUUUCAGAACAUACUGGAUCUCAUGUACCAAGCAGUCCCCCACCUCCAGUAGCCCCCAUUGCUCGUAGAUUAAGUGUCUCAGCAUCUGUAGCUGGAGAGGAAGGAUUAGUGAGUUGUGUUCUUCCUGAAGACUUGCUCGUUGAGAUUAUCUCGGAACGAAUACAGUUAAAUGAUUGCCACCAAGGCGUGGUGUUUGAUGGGCUCGAGACACUCUUUAGUGGCAGCCAUCAAGCCACGGCGCUUGCACUUCUUAAAUCUAUCAACAACAGAAAACAUAUCUACUUUGUAUCUCAAAAACUUGACUACAAUGUUGUUCGGGCAAGGCAGAGAGCAAAGGCAGAAGAAACAGCAAAAUCAGCAGAAGCAGAAGAAGAGCAAAGAAGAAAUCGCUUGGAAGAUAUGGAUGAAGAUGAAUAUGAUGCUCUUCCUGAGGAGGAAAAGGAAGCAAUUGAUCAAAAACGACUCGAAGCAAAGAGGUUGAGACUACGAAGAGAGGCAGAAGAGAGAAAUGAGAGAGAAAGGUUGGAAAGAGAGAGAGUAGCACUUUUGGAGGAGAGAAGGUUGGAAGAGGAGAGUUCAAAGAAAAAAGGAAGAAAGAGUAAGAGAGAAGAAACUGGAAAAAGAAGUGUCUCUGGCAAACAAGCAGAUGGUGUUCCAUCCGGCCCACCAGGUGGAGCUAAAGAUAAAGGCCAACCCCUCAAGACAGUUGCAUCCGUGGCCAUCGUCGGGCAGCAGUCGUUACAUGACAUUGACAAACGACCCGAAUCAAGAGCAACGGAGAGACCAGAAUCAAUUGCUGAUGAUGGAAAAAAAACAAAGAAAGGCAAAAAUCGUCCGGUCUCGGAAGACGGACUGAAAGAAUCGAUUGAUGAUGUUAAAGAUGACCGAAGUGAUGCGGAGAAGAUGAUGCAGCAGAGAUUCAAGCUCUUUGAUCUUUCUCUCAAGGACCUCAGCAAUGUAUUAGAGCACUGGGAUCGAAGUCAACUCAUCGUCAAUCGAUCUUCAACACCAGAGGGCGGUGUUUCACUUGCUGUUGGAGACGAGGAUGGAGGUGGUGCGAAUACUGCAACUUCUCGUGAUAAGGCUCCUCCAUCUGGAAAGAAAGGAAGCAAAAAGGAGAGAGAGAAGGAGAGAUUGGAAAGAGAAAGGCAGGAAAAGGAGAGAGCUGAAAAAGAGAAAGCUGAUCGGGAAAGAAUCGAAAAAGAAAAAGCUGACAGAGAAAAACAAAGAAUGGAAGAAGGAAUUGAAGUUGAUGGCCAAGGAUCUGGUCAGUUUAAUACAGCUGAUGUGUUUGAUGGAAUAGGAGUCCCACAUAUUCAACUCGAUGCAAACGACCCUGAGAAUCCAUGCUGUAAACAAAUUCUCGAAUUAGGGAAACUACCCACCGUUAAUGAUGUGUUAGAUGGCUUGGGUCUUGGACCAAAAGGUCCCCCAAUUCCCCCACCAGCCAUGUUCUCCGUCAUCCCAUUCCCUGUGAAGAGGAAACCACCUAGUGGUGAUAAAGCGCAACACUACGAGUUCGUUGCUUCGAGUCCAGAUGACCCGAACAUUGGGGUUGAUGACCAAGCUUCCAAGGAACCAGAACCACCACCGGAGGAGCCAACACCAUCAGAAGUUACAAGGUCUGAAUCUCGCAAAGAAGACCCCGCACCCCCGAGUAGAAAGGGUAAAAACGCCCGAACUGGAACAGGUCGUAAAUCUUCACCCCGUCGCAGCAGACGUGGGUCAACGGAUGGGGGUAAAAUAUCCCCCCCUAUACCCAUAACCCCGGGAUCUGAAGCUGACCAAAGCAGCGUGAUGGGAGAGUCUUCGGAUUUUAAAGUUGUGAAAUUAAGCCAUUUUAGAUGGGUGGUACCUGCUUAUGGGGAAACUAUUCUUCGUGUUCGCUUCAGUUCUGAAGAGCUUGGUCAGUUCGACCAAACGCUCAACUUUGAGAUUGUUGGGACUCGUCGGAGGUAUCAGGUCUUCUGCAGAGGGGUUUGUUCCUUCCCCACCAUCUGCAGGGAGCCAAGGAUCGUGUUCCCGCAUCGCAAGAAGACGAAACCACGUCCCGAGGAGACGGUAGCAAAGAAAUAUAUCCUGCAGGAGGAAGUCUUUGAAUUUGGUCCUUUGCUAUGUGGAAAGACGAGAGAAAGAUACAAGGAAGGUCGCUACCCUGAAAAUAUGGAGCAACUUACAAUAAUGAACACCUCACCUCUCCCAGCUAAUAUUAGCUUCUGUUUCCAACAUGACAGCAAUGCAACAACAUUUCUGCUGGAUCCUCCAAAUAUAAGUCUAGAACCAAAUGAAUCUAAAGCAUUAUCAGUAUGGGCAUAUCCAAAGACAGCCGGUCGAUUCAUGGAUUGCAUUGUAUGUUGUGUGCGUGAAAACCCAGAACCCAUUUGUUUUAAUGUUGCUUGCCAUGGAGUUCGACCUGAGCUUGAACUUGACCGAAAACAUCUGCAUUUUGAUAAGGUUCUCCUGCACAGGAAAGACACCCGUACAUUAUACCUCCGUAACAGCACCAUGUUAGCUGUAGCAUGGAAGGUGGCCGGCAUGGAAAACAUGGGAGAUGAUUUCUCACUGAACCAGGAUGUUGGGGUGAUUGAACCAAGAUGUGAAUUUGCGCUUCAACUUCAUUUCCGAGCAACAAAAGCCAUGAAUUUGAAGAAGACAAUCAGAUUAGAGAUAUCAGAUGUUGAAAACAUCAUGGGUUUGGUACAAACAGAAAACGUUCAAGUUACAGCUGAAGCUUAUGAUGUUGCUCUUGACAUGAGUUUCCCCAAAGGUGCAGAUGGUGGAUUAGAUUUUGGUACAAUACGUGUCAUGGAUGAAUCAAAACAAACAUGCUCACUCAAGAAUAAAGGAAAAUAUGAGAUUGGAUUUAACUUCUUGUUUGAGAAACAUGCCCCCAACUGCCCUCCAGUGGAUGAGUUGUUCAGUGUUCUUCCUCAGAAAGGAACGCUGAUUCCAAAUGAUCGUCCAACGCAGGUUCAAGUAAUAUUUCGAUCUCGAACUGAAAUUACAAUUCGUGACGUUCCAUUGUUGAAAUGUCAAGUCAUUGAACCAAACAUUGGGGAUGGAAAGGAAAUAAUUGCUUCGAUUCCCAUCAAAUUGGCUGUUCGAAGCUUGUUUACAAAGUAUGUGAUCUUCCCAAGCACUGACAUUAACUUUGGCCCAAUGGUCAUCAAUACAAAGAAGACAAGAACAUUUACCAUUGAAAAUAAAGGAGAAUUUGAUUUCAAGUACACAAUUGUGAAAAUGAUCCGGGAAGCCCCUAACGUGCGACCACGACCGAUGGUUCUCGGUGGAAGACGAGCGAAGUCGAGAGAUGGAUCAAGCUCAAGUAGAUCUGUUGCUCGAGGGGGACGGGCAGCUUCAAUCAGACAAGACAUGGGAUCAAACCAAACUCGUUUAUUGGUUGGUACAUUUACUGUGUACCCAGGAUUUGGGACCAUACUGCCUGGUGGUGUGCAGAAUAUUACUGUGGAUAAUGUGGCUGAAAACACAGGCAAAUCUGAAGAGUUUCUGUCGAUCGACAUCAGUGAUAGAGAUCCCGUAGACAACGCAUCGGGUAUUCCAUAUCGUCUUCUUGCUGAAGGUUGUGUUCCAAGCAUCAACACUGGUGAUAUUACAUCAAUAUUUGAAGAACACAGGAUUUGUAAGAAUCUUCAUGCUUUCUCUGACAGUCAGGAGUUCUUGGAAGGAUCUGGAGUAUAUGGAGAGGAAGACGGAAAGUUUGUGUUUUGUAACGUGGUGGUUGGGAGAAAGUCAUAUGCGAGGUUCAAGAUAUCUAAUACUAACAAGGUUGCGGUAGAUGUAUCAAUAACAGUGAAAGCGUUAUCGAACAAAGUAGCUGCUCGUAUUCAUGAUAUAUUUGAAGUUGAACCAUCUAAGAUACAAAUCCAACCUCACAACUUCAUGUACGCAACCGUAUCAUUCUGCCCGCCUGCCAUGAACUCAUACUCUUGUAACUUUGAAGCAAACGUGGAUGGGUUACCAAGCAGUGUUGCCAAGGGUCGAAAUUUAUCCUUCGAGAUAACUGGGGAGGGAAACCUUCCAAGAGUGACCGUGAUGAGCCCUAAAGUUCGCAACAAGAGCGGUGAACCACUUCUUGUGUUUCAACGCUUGCUGUUGCAAAGAACUGAAAGUCUGCCUCUGGUGUUGAAAAAUGAAGGAACUUUUCCAAGCAAGGUCAACAUUACACUUGAACAGCAGGUUAUUCCUGAUGAUGAUGAUGCAAAUGAUGGGAAAGAAUUCUCAGCUUACGUUCCUGACUUUGCUUACAAACUUACCUCUGUUGGUGAAACAAGGGCUGUGUUUCCAAUGCAUAAUACAAGGGAUACAAGGAAAUGGCCGUACACUGCAAGUGUUGUGUUAACUCCUGGUGAGGAAGCUCGCUUCAAUGUUACCUUCACACCAAUGAUGUAUCGGGUGUACAAUGGACAAAUAAAGAUUUCAAUUGUCGAUAAUUUGUUUGAGGAGCACAGGAUACAACUAUAUGGUGAAGGGUUUAAGGAUGAUGUCACAUUCGACAAUCUCCAUAGUGAUGGUGACAUGGCGUCCCUCGCUGGUGACGAUGGAAUCAUUGACACUGAUGGUUUACCGAAACAAAUGACUGCUGAACCAAGUUCUGGGGGUUCAGGGGGCAGGGGAGAGUCCCUAAUGUUUGGUGAUUGCGACGUGGGGGUUGCGAAAGAUCGUUCGUUCAUGCUGACAAACCACUCACAAACUGAUGCAGUUAGGUUCCAGUGGUCUGAACAUGAUAAUGUGAAAUUUGUUCCAACUGUUGGUCAUAUUCAUCCAGGUUGUUCAAAAGAUAUCACCGUAACUUUUAAAGCUGAUCAACCAGUGGAGUUAAAGAAAACAAUCAUCAAAUGCUCAUUGGUCAAAAUUAAUUUCCCUGGACCAAUCGAAAUGGUAACAGAUUGGGAUGAUAGAAUGAGAACAGUCAAGUGGGUUGAUGUGGCUUCUCUUGAUCCAAAGAAAGCUGGGAGCAGACCUGCUAAGAAAAAGAUAAUUGAAACUGAAAAAGAGCCUGACCACCUGGUGGCGGAAGAGAGCUCGAGGUGUCUUGAAUUGUUUGCAUGGGCAAAAAGUGACCAUGCCAAGUUAGAUUGCGAUACAACCUCUAUUACGUUUAAAGACACACUAAUGUUCCAAGCAAGACUGUUUGAAUUUACAAUGUGCAACACUGGUCAAGUAGCAUUGCAAUACGAUUGGCAGUUAGUUAUGGAAGCACUGUCUAUACCUGGCACCACAUCUUGCUCAACUGAUUUGGAUGGAAGGCCUUCAACUGCAAACCAAUCAUCAAGGAGCGCUGGUGGGGAUUCUUCGCUUCGCUCUCUUGUUACCGAUGACGACGCAAUGCCAUUCUCUAUAUCUCCAUCUUGUGGUAAAAUUGCAGCUGGUUCGAAACAAGUAUUUUUAGCCAGAUUCUCACCGCACGAGGUCACUGAGUAUCAAGCAAGAUUGUUGUGCACGAUCCCCAACCUUCCCGCCAGCAUCCAAGAGCCUUCAAUCAAACUCCGCGGAAGAAGUUUGAUGCCAUAUUGUCACUUCGACCUCCCGGAGUCCGACUACCUGUCAAGCUCGCGACGGAACCCCGAGCUGUCGGGGCCCGCUGGUGCACAGCCGGGCACAACACUGGAUCCAAACACAAGGGUUAUUGAGUUCAACUCUAUUGGAGUAAAUGUGAAAAAUACAUGUAAAUUCUGGAUAAUGAAUCCAACCUCAUCAACUUAUUCGUUCCGAUGGAUUUGUGAUGAUGUCACAGAUGCUCGUGUCGCUCCGAACUUCUCGUGUAAAUUACUAGAAGGACAAUUGAUAAGUGGGAAGAAAUUGGAGAUGUGUUUUGAGUUCCUCCCAAAUUCACUGGAUACAAAGGAAUCUUUCUGGAAGUUUGUGAUCCUGGAGCAAAACAUCUCCAUCCCAUUCCUCCUUGUAGGACACACACAUGAGCCGAAAGUAUCUCUAUCUGCAUCUCACAUCAACUUUAACGAUCUGCUUGUCGGUCGAACUGCUUCCCAACCAGUGUUGCUUGUCAACAAUGAAUCAAUUGGAUUUAAUUAUUAUGUCAUAGAAGAAUCGUGUCAUUCUGAAGCAUACACGUCAAAUCUGAUCAUUAACCCAACUCAAGGUUUUAUUGGACCAAACUCAAAAAUCCCACUCGAUGUGACGUUCACUGCAAAGUCAGCGGGUGACGCAAAUUUCAAUGCUACAAUUUGUGUGGUUCGUAAAACCAACAACCUCAUGCUCAACGUCAAAGCAAGUGGCCACACGAUGUCAGCGAGUCUCUUGUGCGAAAAUUCACAAGGUGCUAAGAUCGAACUCUCACCUGCAGGUCUUAAUGCAAUCGAUCUUGGAAAUGUUGAACUUCAUGAGAAGGCUGUGCGACAGCUGCAUUUAGUAAACAACGGCAAACAUAAUUUUAACUUCUCGUUCGGUUUGAAACAAAACGGAAAAUCUUUCUCGCCAGAAAAAUCGAAAAAGAAACACGUGAUUGGGGUUUCCCCUGAUACAGGAAUGGUCCCAGCGGGCUCAAGAGAAGAAAUGUUUGUUAACUUUUCAACCAACAGCUUUGGGUUCAAUUGCUCCUGUGGAAAUGACAGCGUCACUGAUGGUCCCAACUACUUAUGUCAUGUGAUCGGUAAUGGAGUAAAUCCUGGACUUGACUUUUCUUUUGAUUCCCAUGACUUUGGUGCAUGCUUUAUCUACAGAGCUGGAAUGCCAAUUAAAAGUGAAACAUUGACAAUAAUUAAUAAAGAUACAAGAGAAAUAAGUGUGGAAUGUUUGUACCAAAGUACAAGCCAUCUGGAUGUUGCAUUCUCAGCAACAGUGGUUGCACCAGGUGAAGAAACAUCAGCAGUCUUUACCUUCUAUCCAAGAGAGGUUGUAACUUAUAAUGAAACUGUGACAUUCCAAGUCAAUGGGUUGUCCAAACAUGAUGUUGUCAUCAAAGGAAAAGGAACAGAAAUGAGGGUUGAAGUUGCAAACCAGAAGCAUAAGUUGGUGAAGUUUGGAGCGUUAAGAGUUGGUCAAGCUGUUAAACAUAUCAUUCCUAUCGUUAAUCGCAGCCCCACACCCAUUACCCUUAAUUUGUCGGUCACCCCAGUCAGCCAACCCCUUCAAGACCCCACUGUGUUAAGGGUGGUUCCCCUUGACCCCAUCACAUUGCAGGGUAAAGGGGGUUCCCGGGAUAUUGAGGUUUAUUUUACCCCGAAAACAAGAAUUGCUUCGUUUACUGAAGAAAUUAUGAUGGAAUGUGCCGGAAUGUCUCAACCUUUGUUCAUCAUCAGUGGAAGUUGUCAAGGCAUAGAAAUAACAUUAGAUCAAGAUUCGAUCCCGUUCGGAGCUGUGAUGCAACGCAGUCGUAGCGAACGCCGAUUCAUAAUGCACAACGUUGGCGACAUUGGAGCAGGGUUUAGAUGGGAGGCAGAUAAGUUUCAUCCAGACUUUUCCAUCACUCCAACACAGGGUUACAUAAGCACCGGGAUGGAGAUUGCCUUCUCCGUUGCUUUCCAUCCAACAAAACUUUGUCAAGAUAUUCGUUACGACGACCUUAAAUGCCACAUCGAGGGAGCGAAACCACUCAAGUUAACGUUGACGGGAAUGUGUGUUGCAACUCCUGCUUUAAAAGAGGUGGUUGGGUUCAGUUGUCAUGUGCGUGGCCGUGAUGUUCGUAAUGUGAUCAUCUCAAAUCGAACCAACCAACGGUGGACGUUACACCCAGUUAUUGAUGGUGAAUAUUGGAGUGGGGCCGAUAUACUGGUCGUUGAACCUCAACAAAGUAAACAAUAUGAGAUGAUAUUCAGACCAACUGUUAUGACAAUGGAUGGCAAGAAACAUCAGGGUUCAGUGUUCUUUCCACUACCUGAUGGUUUGGGUCUAUUGUACAACCUGCAAGGACAAGCUGAUCCUCCAAAACCUGUGUCGAGCAUCAACCGAGAUGUGCCGUGUAAAACUGCUUACGUUGAGCUGCUAUCUGUUGCCAACUGGCUUCGAAAACCACAAAGGUUCAAGGCAACAGUAGAAAUGAUCAAACCGGACAAACUUGAUGCAGGAACAACCUUGAAAGGUUUGGAUUACAUAGAUGUUCCUGGAUCUGUUAAACGAGAUUACAAACUUCACUUUUAUGCUCAUAAAGAGGGAAAUUUUGGUGCCAAGGUAAUCUUCAGGAAUGAGAGGAGUGGUGAAUACAUCUUUUAUUACGUCACACUGCGAGCGACAUCAGCUGGUGUGAUGUCAACAAUAGAGCUUGAAACACCCGUUCGAAGAAGUGCGGUCCACACACUCAGGGUAGAGAACCCACUUGCUUAUGCAGUAACUUUUCAAAGUGAAUGCAAAGCACCAGAUAUCAAUCUACCACCUCAGUUUGCUGUACCUGCUAAUUCGGAGGGAACAUGUAUGUUUGAAUAUCAACCAUUGAAAGUUGGUGAAGGAACGGGCAAGUUAGUUCUCACGAACAGUGAGCUUGGUUCGUAUACAUACGACCUUGUGUUACGAGCCACACCAGCAGCUCCUGAGAAAACAUCAUAUUUUAAAACUGCUCUGGGCGGAAGUUAUUCAGUGAAUAUCAAAUUUCAAAAUUACGCAAAGCAGAAAUCUGAUUACAUUUGCAAGAUUGACAGUCCUGAGUGGAGUUGUGAGAAGAGCAUCACUGCUGCUCCUGCAUCCUCCGGAAGCGGAACCGAAGUCACACUUGAUGUCACGUACGAACCCAUGGAGAUUGGGGAAUCCCGGGCUCGUUUAUAUGUGACAUCACAGAUAGGGGGCGAAUAUAUCUUCCCACUAGAGGGCAAGUGUGGGCCACCCAAACCUCUUGGACCUUUCGUGGUGAGAAACAAAUCAAAUGUUUCGAUUCCUUUCCGCAAUGUCUUUCCAACAACAACUCAUUUCACUUUCCAGAUUGACAACCCGCUAUUUUCGGUCAAACCCGCCGAAUCAAUUCGAUCAAAGAAGACGCACAAUAUAUCUGUGUCUUUCGAGGGUGGUCCUGCACCUGGUUCUGUUGUGACUGGAAAGUUAACUCUUUCAUGUGUUCGUACGGCUCGUAACCCCACAACUUGGGUGUUUUACCUGAAGGGAAUUACCCCAGAGCAAACCUUGCUGUGAUAGCUUUUUGUAAAUAGAAUUUUGUUUCCGAAACAUUCAAGAAAAUUUAUUUUUGUAAAGUUGAAUUUUAUAUUAAAGUGUUUAGAUCCUUAUUGAUGCUGUGGUAUUGCGAAGUAUUCAUUUAUUAAAAACACAAAGAAAUAAAACAAACAUUUUAAAAA